GAUAUAAAGAUAGACGAUUCCUUAUUGAUUGGUUUGACAAAUUUUUUAAUAAAGAUAAAGAUAAAAAUAAGAAUAAUACUGAUCAACAAAGUAAAGUAUUUGAUUGGCGUACAAAAAAUGUUGUAAGCAGUAUUAAAAAUCAAGGUAAAUGUGGAUCUUGUUAUGCAUUUGCUACGGUUGCUGUUAUGGAAACACUUUAUGCUAUAAAAACAAAAUCUCAAAAUGUUAUUGAUUUUAGUCCACAACAAAUAGUUGAUUGUUCAAGUGAUGGAAAUGAUGGUUGUGAUGGUGGUAAUUUUCCACCAAGUGUUAAUUAUUUAUCAGCAAAAGGUGGUAAAAUAGCUACAAAUGCUUCUUAUCCUUAUGCAGAAAAACAACAAUCAUGUCGAACAAGUGGUAUUAAUGAAAUUGAUCUUGGUAAAGUUGAAUUUGGAGCGAUUCCUUUAGGAGAUGAAAAAAAAAUGGCUGAAGCACUUACUAAUUAUGGACCAAUAUUUAUUGGACUUGAUGCUGAUUCUGAACUUUUUAUGUUUUAUAAAAAUGGUAUACUUCAAAUAGAUAAUUGUCCAAAACGCCGACAAGAUAUGGAUCAUGCUAUGACUAUUGUAGGUUAUGGUUAUGAUGAUGCCCUCCAAACACCUUAUUGGAUAAUAAAAAAUUCUUGGGGAACAAAAUGGGGUGAAAAUGGUUAUUUACGUUUAAUUAAAGAUGCGGGAAAUAUGUGUGGUGUUGCUUCAAUGGCAUAUUAUGGUAAAUUAACAUAA